CGCAUAUAAAGCGGUGUGAGCGAUCGCUUGGCUUAUUCACCCAGACUUGUCAGAAUGCUUCGUUUCCUUCUUCUGGGACUAUGCGUGUCAGUGUUUGUUUUGCUUCCUUCUGUUAAGGCCGACGAUGAACUUACCGAUCAAAAGAUCCUGGAAGCUGUUGAAAGAGCGCUAGAUCGACAACUCAAGGAUAGAGAAGUCCAGCAAACUGAUGACACCGAUUCCAAUACAGUCGACUGUGGUGGAGAAGUUGAAUGUUGUUUUCACCAAUGUGACGGUGAUCUGAACUGUUCACUCAACUGCAUACUUAAAGAUGAUGAAGACAACCAAGAAAGUAAAAAGGAGACAAGAAGAAGAUGGUGGCAUUAUAAUCAUAAAAACGGCAAUCCAGUUGGAUAACCUGUGUCACCAAAGCGUGUCUUGCUGUAACAGAAAGGCUAUAAAAUAAACAAAGCAUGACAAGGAGUUUUACUAACGAUAAAAAAGUGCUUACGAUAAAUGUUAAUUAGUUACCUGUCGAAAUUUAAAAUUUGGUAUUUAAAGUAAAUAUUAGUAAAGGGCCACGAUAUAGCUUGAUGCGAAAAUGGGUUAUUGUUUUUUGUUGUUUUUUGCAUAUAUCUUUGUAACCAAUUAAAAAAGAAUUAUUUUAAGAAAUGUUUUAUAUAAGGCCGUCGGUAUUUAAAUUGUUACAAUUGAUGCAAUAAAAUCAUAAAACUGAGUUUAUUAAACUAUGUCUCUUAAAAAGUAAGAUCCUCUAUAAUUGAUGUUAGAACUCGCUGUAGCAAAUAGUUUUCAUCCUCUUAUUUAAAAAGAUUAUAACAAUUAUAAUAGUUAACCAGUUUGUUGUAACGUGGAACCUUUUUAUGUAUAUAUGCUCGUUUUUACUACAUUGUUACUAUGCAUAAAUAUGUCAUUGGUCAUUAUAAACAUAUGUGUUGUUGACGAUGUACAUUGUACAUGUCUGCCUAUCGGUCUGUUUGUCCGUAUGUCCGUAUGUCUGUCUGUCUGACUGUCUUUAAGAGAAACAGCAAAACAUAAUCCUGAAUAUUCUAUAAUCAUCACUAAGUUUGUGAAAAUGAAUAAAUUAUGGCAGCAAACAUUUGUUUAAGAUACGAGUAUGAAGAUUAUGAAAACGAUUGUUUUUCGAGCAAAGCUCUUAAAUGGAAUGUAUGUUAACAAUAGAGGUGUUACAUCUGGUAUUGCAUAUCACUAGUGCUAGCUUUUUAACUGUUAAGUUGAUGAUAUGAGCAUACUCCAAAAUAAAGAAAGUUUCUUGCAAUGAGCAUGUUUAGAUAAAUUUUACAACAUCGUAUAUUUGAUUAAAGAAAGCAACACCCGCUUGUGUACUUAUUAUACGUGUAAUAUUUAUAUUAGCAUUUCUUUUUCCCGUAAUAACCCUGUCCCUAUCUUGUAAAAUAAAUUCU